CCGCAGGGCGUCCACCCACCGCAGGGACGGGCGGGCGUGGCAGGCGGCUGCGCGGGCGUGGGACCAAGCCGCCCACGCCGCCCGCGUGCUCGAGGCGCGGCUUUCGCUCCUGAAGUUCACCUGCACCGUCGCCGCUUUCAUGGCCUUCCUCUGCGUCCUGCCGGGCCUCCUUCUGCUCUACACGGGAAUCAAGUGUUGGCGUCUUGCCGUGGGCGUGUGGGCAGUGCGGGCGUGCGAGGGCGUGGAGGAAGUGACCGGCGUGACUGUGCGGGCAGCGAUGGAAGGUCCCACCGACCCUGGCACUGAGAGCUUGCUGCUGUGCCUCGCGGGGGAGCCUCACGUGGCACUCCUGAGGUCCAGGAUAUUGGAGGAAGUCGUCAACCGCAGGGAUUCCUCGGGACAACUUCUCCACCCGAACUUCCGGCGCAGACUUGUGCAGGUGGGCGGGUACUACGCGUGGCGAUCUCACGCCCACUUUGACAUCGAGAAACACGUCGUCCUGGCGCCACAUCAUCACCGCGGGCGGCUGCUCACAGCAAGGAACAUCCAGGAGUACGUGAGCGAGGUGAUCAGCGAGGACCUGCCGAAGGAUCUCCCUCCGUGGCGCGUGACGGUGGUGCGUGCGAGCGCGGGCGAUGGCGAAGGGCGCACGUGGGUGGUGUGCCGCGCCCACCAUUUGCUGGCGGGGCAGCUGUCGCUUCCGGACCUGCUGGUCACGGCCUACCCGGACCCUUGGCAGCACCCGGCCACGCGCAGCCUCACGCUCCUCGCCGCGCCGGCCGCCACGCGUACCUUCCUCGACAUGGUCGUUCGGGAGUGCGCCGAGGCGACCGCUCGUGCCGUCCAGACCCUAGAGGCGUGGUGGGCGGAACGGCGCUCGAGGGUGCUGGCCCCCGUGCUUGCGUUCCUGAAGGAGGCCCUGAGGGAGGUGAAAGUCCCCGCGGAGGAGGUGCCUCAGGCCAAGGUCGCGCGCUCGGUCGAGCUCCUGCUGGGCCUCGGCCAGGUGCUGUGGCACGAAGGGGUGGAGCGCCUUGACGCCGGCUGGGCGACCCUCAGCGCCCUUCUUCACAUCGAGCCCGCUUUCCACGGCCUGGUCACGUGUCUGGCGUGGGCGGCGGCCGCGUGGUGGCGGGUAUUGCUGUGGUGGCUGUGGACGCCCGUGGCGACGUGGAGGGCGGGCCGAAGGGUGUGGCGGUGGACGCAGGUGGUGCGGGCGAGCGAGGAGUGGCGCGUGACGAAGGCGGCUUUGGUCGAGGUAUACUGGAUGGUUCGCGCUUUCGUCACGCUGCCGCGCCUGGUGCUGGAGGAAGCGCUGACGGUGCGCGGUGUCACGCCCCUCAUGGGCUGGGUGGGUCGGCGACAGAGGACGCUGUCCAUGCGAGGCCUGGGCCGCACGGGAGGGCUGGUGGUGGCGUGGAGUGACCCCGUGCCGCUAAGCACGGCGCGCGGCGUGCGGGGGGCCACAGGAGCCACGCUCAGCGAAGUGCUGCUUACGGCGUCCUCGGGGGCCGUGCGUGACUACCUGCGCGUGACAGGCUUGUCCGUGCCCGAGGAGGUGUGCUGCACCGUGCCCGUGUACUCGCGGCGCUGGGCGGAGAGCCGCGGCGCCGUGCAGACGCCUGGCCUCGUCACCUUGGCCCUUCCCACGGGCGCCACGGACUCCUCCACGGCGCUACAGAUGGUGCAGCGCUCCAUGGAAAACAUUCGGCGCUACCCCGAGCGCUACUUGGCGUCCGUGUGGCUCCUCAGGAAUGUGUCUUACUUCCUGCCGGAGUCGCUCCUCGGUGCCACCUUCCGCGCCCUCUCCGUCAGGUACCCCGUGCUCAUGUCUAACCUGGCGGGGCCCUCCAGCCCCGUCAGGGUCUGGGGACACGACCUGCUCAACAUCUUCUACUGGAGGCCGCCGCAGGCAGGGGCAGUGCUGUCAGUCUGCGUAGCCUCAUAUCAAGGGCGGGCGUAUUUGGGCGUAGUGGCAGACGGGCGUGUAGUGCCCAACCCUGCGACUCUUCCGCAGGCUUUCGUCACCCACCUCAAUGAGCUGGCGGUGGACAAGGGUGUCAGGCUCGAGCGUCAGUUCAACCGCAGCUGGUCUCGAAGCAGCUCCCCGGGCGCGACUCCCACGCCCACGCCUCCACCGACCCCCACCUCCCCUCAGAGGACCACCUUCUUCUCGCCCUGGAUCAAGCACAAGAAGCCCGCGACGCGCCCCACCAGGAGACAAUCUUCCGUGUUUUGAUGACCCCGUCUGUCUGUCUGGUGUCCCUUUUUGAAGAUCAGCUUCUUUCAGAGAGGCUUUUCCACAAGAAGUGGAAGUCCCACUGGGAUGAUUUGAGGACCUACACUGAACUGAUGAGGGAAACUCAGCUUAUUUUUCACUCCUUUUUUUUUUAAAGGGAGUUUAAGGAACCGGCGAUACGAUGCCCAGCCCUGUAGGGAGGGGCAGGGGGGAGAGGUCAGAAUCAGACGGCUACUAUACCGCGAUUUUUGGGCAGUAACCUGGGCCGCGUCCUCUCCGCCUCGGCGUCGUAGUCCCCGGGCUGGGCGAGGUCGUCUUCCGCUAUUGAGGAAGUCUUGUGGGGGAUGCUGAAAGGGGAGGGAGGGAAAGGGAAGGAAAGGGAAGGAAAGGAAAGGAAAGGAAAGGAAAGGAAAGGAAG